AUGUCUCCCAACACUACCAUCCCUGGUCUCAAAACACCACCAUCCCAGGUGUCCAAACACUACCAUCCCAGAUCUCCCAACACCACCAUCCCAGGUCUCCCAACACCACCAUCCCAGGUGUCCCAACACUACCAUCCCAGAUCUCCCAACACCGCCAUCCUAGGUCUCCAAACACUACCACCCCAGGUGUCCCAUCAUCACCAUCCCAGGUCUCAGAACACCACCAUCCCAGGUCUCCCAACACUACUAUCCCAGGUCUCCCAGCACCACCAUCCCAGGUCUCACAACAUCACCAUCCCAGGUCUCCCAACACUACCAUCCCAGUUCUCCCAACACUACCAUCCCAGGUCUCCCAACACCACCAUCCCAGGUCUCCAAACACUACCACCCCAGGUGUCCCAUCAUCACCAUCCCAGGUCUCAGAACACCACCAUCCCAGGUCUCCCAACACUACUAUCCCAGGUCUCCCAGCACCACCAUCCCAGGUCUCACAACAUCACCAUCCCAGGUCUCCCAACACUACCAUCCCAGUUCUCCCAACACUACCAUCCCAGGUCUCCCAACACCACCAUCCCAGGUCUCAAACACUACCACCCCAGGUGUCCCAUCAUCACCAUCCCAGGUCUCAGAACACCACCAUCCCAGGUCUCCCAACACUACUAUCCCAGGUCUCCCAGCACCACCAUCCCAGAUCUCCCAACACUACCAUCCCAGGUCUCCCCAACCACCCAGGUCUCCCAACACCACCAUCCCAGGUGUCCCAACACUACCAUCCUAGGUUUCACAACACCACCAUCCCAUGUCUCCCAACACUACCAUCCCAGGUGUCCCAACACUACCAUACCAGGUCUCCCAACACCACCAUCCCAGAUCUCCCAACACUACCAUCCCAGGUCUCCCAACAUUACCAUCCCAGGUCUCCCAACACCACCAUCCCAGGUCUCCCAACACUACCAUCCUAGGUUUCACAACACCACCAUCCCAUGUCUCCCAACACUACCAUCCCAGGUCUCCCAACACCACCAUCCUAGGUCUCCCAACACUACCAUCCCAGACCACUACCGUCUCUGA